AUGUUUAUGCUUGGCACUCCCCAUAAACAUUUUCCGCUUACUAAUCUAAGAGGUUUUCAAGCUGCAAGACCACGUAGUAUUGAGAUUCAAGGACUGAAGCUGUACUCACAGACGUGCAUGAAGAACAGAUACCGACGUUAUUGCUCAACCGCAAAUGUACAAGACCUGCCCAAAGAGCGUCCCGGUUUCACUCGUAGGUCAUCUGAUUCAUGGGAUCCAGAGGAACUGCGGACACUGCCUACGCAUCUACGACCAGUCCAGGGUGAAACAUUGGACCUGAUUCUACGGCAGAAGGCCUAUUUGCUCCAGUCGCGUCGAGGGUACCGAGCUAACGUUGAUUCUCAUAUUUUGGCGCUUUUCGCAUUUGGAGAGUACCGUCGCGUGCCCACAGGUAAACCUUCGAAACCUGUUCGAGUUCUUGACCUUGGGGCUGGGAAUGGUCUCGUUUCAAUUCUCUUUGCGAGGGCGCACCAAUUGACCAAAGUUCACAUGAUUGAGCUCCAACCUCAACUUGCCGAGCGUGCCAGACGGAACAUUGACCUAAACCGCAUCGAUGGCGACGUCACGCAAUUUGAUCUCAAAGACGGUAGAUUGCCUGAUGGCCUACGUGGCCGUUUUGAUGUUGUGCUGAUCAAUCCUCCGUUUUAUCCCGCCGGAUCUCGAAAGUCUCCAAAGAAUAGGGAGAAACAUCUGGCUCACCAAGAAAGUAGUGCAACCUGUGAACAUUUUUUGCGAGCCGCGCACACUGCUUGCGAUCGUCAAAACUACGAGGCCUUUAUCGCAAUCAUUCAAGACAGAAACGAAUUACCCCGCGUGAAGAAAGCGAUUCUUCAAAAUGACCUUGGUAUCAGUGAGUCAAGGGAAAUGAUACAUGUGGACGGGGAGGAACCUUCUCGCAUACUCUUGAAGGUUAAAACCCGAGCGAAACAAUCUAGGUCCUCGCAAGCUGGGAGCAAUUAUGGCGAUCGGUCGUGUACGGAUCUUCUCGGUUUCGAUGCUGAGUUCUCGCCUUCUUUACCUCCACUAGUUCUUUUUCCGAGUCUCGGCGCUCAAAGUGUUUAUACGGAGGAGAUAGAAGAAUUUCUAGAUGGCCUACCCAUACCAUCAUUGCGCAUUGGGCGCUUGCGAGACACAUGA